AGCUCAGAAAACAUGUCUGAAAACAGCUUCUUUAAUUUCAGGAGAUCUCUCCUGAAGAUGUUUCCACAAUCAGGCAAAUCGAUUGUCUUUGACAACUUUCCGGAUCCCACUGACACCUGGGAAAUCAUCGAGACAAUCGGGAAAGGGACCUACGGGAAAGUCUACAAAGUGCUCAACAAAAUCGAUGGAAGUAAAGCAGCGGUGAAGAUCCUGGAUCCCAUCCAUGAUAUAGACGAGGAGAUCGAAGCAGAGUACAACAUCCUCAAAGCUCUGUCUGACCACGCCAAUGUUGUCAAGUUCUAUGGGAUGUACUACAAGAAGGAUGUGAAAUGUGGGGACCAGUUGUGGCUGGUGCUGGAGCUUUGCAACGGUGGCUCAGUGACGGAUCUGGCCAAAGGCAUGCUGAGGAGAGGAGACAGGAUGGAUGAAGCCAUCAUUGCCUACAUCUUGCGUGAGGCCCUCAUGGGCCUCCAACACCUGCACAUCAACAAGACCAUCCACCGUGACGUCAAAGGCAAUAACAUCCUGCUGACGACGCACGGAGGGAUCAAACUUGUGGAUUUCGGUGUUUCUGCUCAGCUGACAAACACCCGUCUGAGGAGGAACACCUCCGUUGGAACUCCCUUCUGGAUGGCUCCUGAGGUAAUAGCGUGUGAGCAGCAGCUGGACUCCACCUACGAUGCCCGUUGUGACGUUUGGUCCCUGGGCAUCACUGCCAUAGAGCUGGGAGAUGGAGACCCGCCGCUCUCCGACCUCCACCCGAUGAGAGCCCUUUUCAAAAUACCCAGAAACCCUCCGCCUACUCUCCACCAGCCGGAGCUCUGGUCAGACGACUUUAAUGACUUCAUCUGCAAAUGUCUGAUUAAGGACUUCGAGCUGAGACCAAACGUGCUAGACCUGCUCCAACAUGUGUUCAUCAAACAGACUGUCGGCAGAGAGAAAAUACUGCAGAAGCAAUUGAUUGAACUCAUUGAUCUCAACCAACAAAUAGGAGUCAUUGAAAAAACAAGCCAUCAUGGAAAGACAGACAGAGGCACAGACAGUAAUGACAGGCAUGAGCGCAUCCACACUAAAAAAGGAAGCCACAUGAAGACACAGACUGACCCCGACGAGGUGGACGACCUCGCCACCCUGGAAGUGCUAGAUGAGAAUACCGUCACGGAGCAGCUUCAGAGUCGCUAUGGAAAAGACCAGAUUUACACAUAUGUGGGAGACAUCCUCAUCGCAGUCAAUCCUUUCCAUAAGAUGGAGAUAUACGCUCCUCAGCACACUAAGAUGUACAUAGGAGCGAAGCGUACGGCUAACCCGCCGCACAUCUUUGCUGUGGCUGAUGUGGCCUACCAGUCCAUGGUGUCAUACAACACAGACCAGUGUAUUGUGAUCAGCGGAGAAAGUGGAGCCGGGAAAACGGAGAGUGCUCAUCUGUUAGUGCAGCAGCUGACUGUUCUUGGGAAGGCCAAUAAUCGGACGCUGCAGGAGAAGAUCCUGCUGGUCAACAACCUGGUGGAGGCGUUCGGAAACGCCUGCACGGUCAUCAAUGACAACUCCAGCCGCUUCGGCAAGUACCUGGAGAUGAAGUUCACCUGCGGGGGAACGGUGGUGGGAGCGCAGAUAUCUGAGUAUCUGCUGGAGAAAUCCAGAGUCAUCCACCAGGCCGUAGGGGAGAGGAACUUCCACAUCUUCUACUACAUUUACGCCGGCCUGGCUGACAGGAAGAAGCUGGCCCACUACAAGCUCUCCGACAGCAAAACACCUAAGUAUCUGUGUAACGAGCACGUUAAAUUAGGGCCUGACAUAGUGAGCAACACCUUCUACAAGGAGCAGUUUGAUGCAGUGGAGCAGUGUUUCAAAGUCAUUGGAUUCACCCUGGAGGAGCUGGGCAGCGUUUACAGCACCCUGGCCGCCAUCCUCAACUCCGGGGACAUCGAGUUCUCUCCGGUCGCCACCGAGCAUCAAACAGACAAGAGCAACAUCUCCAACAUUUCUGUCCUCGAGAACGUGGCCUCACUGCUGCGCAUCCGCUCCGACGAGCUCCAGGAAGCCCUGACCUCCCACUGCGUUGUGGCCCGGGGAGAGACGAUCGUCAGGCCCAACACGGUGGAAAAAGCGGCGGAGGUGAGGGACGCCAUGGGCAAGGCUCUCUACGGCCGCCUCUUCAGCUGGAUCGUCAACCGCAUCAACUCGCUGCUGCGGCCCGACAGCCACCUGGGAGAGGAUGACAAGGGCCUGAACAUCGGCAUCUUGGACAUCUUCGGCUUCGAGAACUUCAAGAAGAACUCCUUCGAGCAGCUCUGCAUCAACAUCGCCAACGAGCAGAUCCAGUUCUACUUCAACCAGCACAUAUUCGCCUGGGAACAGGAUGAGUACCUGAACGAGGAGGUGGACGCUCGGAUGAUUGAGUAUGAGGACAACCGGCCCCUCCUGGAUCUCUUCCUGCAGAAGCCCAUGGGGAUGCUUUCGCUGCUGGAUGAGGAGAGUCGCUUCCCGCAGGCCACAGACCAGACCCUCGUAGAGAAAUUUGAUGAUAAUCUCAAGACCAAAAGCUUCUGGAGACCAAAGAGGGUCGACCUCGGCUUUGGGAUUCACCACUACGCCGGAAAGGUGAUUUACAACGCCGCAGGCUUCUUGGCAAAGAACAGAGACACACUCCCGGCCGACAUCGUCCUGCUGCUGAGGUCGUCGGAGAACGAGCUGGUUCGGAAACUAGUCACCCAUCCGCUCACCAAAACCGGCAACCUCGCACACACCAAGGGUAAAGGCAUAAACACAUUGCGCAGCCCGCGGACCCCGACACGCACCAUCAACUUCACCAAGCCGGGCGAACAGGGAGACACGCCCUACCACCCAAGAGAAACCACCAACAUGAGAACACAGACGGUGGCCUCUUACUUCAGAUACUCUCUGAUGGACCUGCUGUCCAAGAUGGUGGCAGGGCAGCCUCACUUUGUGCGCUGCAUCAAACCCAACAACGAUCGCCAGGCCAGCAAGUUCGACCGGGAGAAGGUUCUGGUUCAGCUGCGUUACACCGGCGUUCUGGAGACCGCCAAGAUCAGGCGGCAGGGUUACUCUCACCGCAUCCUGUUUGCCAACUUCAUAAAGAGGUACUACAUCUUGGCGUUCCCUGCUCACGAGGAGCCGGCUGGGACUCCAGAGACGUGUGCUGCAAUACUGGAGAAAGCCAAGCUGGAGAACUGGGCAAUGGGGAAGACUAAGGUUUUCCUGAAGUACUACCACGUUGAACACCUGAACCUGAUGGUGCAGCAGGCAACGCAACGCAUCAUCCUGCUCCAGGCAUGCGUUCGCGGCUGGCUGGGAGCCAAGCGCUACCGGCGGAUACUGAGAGAGCGAGAACAGAGCGCUCUGGUGCUGCAGUCGGCUUACAGAGGUCAUAAAGCUCGGAAGAGGGUCGCCGAAGACAAAAUCAAAGCGAAGUUUGAGGCCUUCAUCACCAAGUUUCAGGCCGUUUGCAGGGGCUACCUAGCGAAAAAGAAAUACAAGGAGUUGGUGGACGAAAAGAACAAGGCUGCGACCAAGAUUCAGGCUCGCUACAGAGGCCACAAGGAAAGGAAGAGCUUCAAAAGAAAACGGGAAGCCAAAGAGAAAGAGAAAGCAGAGAAAGCCCUUAAAGAAGCAAAGGACGAGGAGGACGAAACUAAAGCCGCCGUGGUUCUCCAGAGCAACUACAGGGGAUUCAAAGAGAGGAAAAAGUUCAAGGAGAGGAAAAAGACGAUGGCCGGGGCCGAGCUAGAGCUGCCACCAAACAUAGUGGAGGAAGAGGAACAGGAAGUAGGCGGGGAAGAGCCUACGGGUAAGGAAGAAGAAGAGGCAAAGACAGAGGAGAAUGAAGAGGAUGAAGAAAGUACAUAUGAAGCCGAGGAAAAUGAUGACAGCGAUCACACACAGGUGCCAGAAGAUGACGAACAUACAGAGGUGGCGGACGAAGCGGUGAUUUCGGACGCACCAGCAGCAGAUGCUGGAAAAGAGGAGCAGGAAGAGGUCAAGACGGGGGGAAAUGGACAGGAAAAUGCUGCAGGGGAAGAGGCUGUCAACUUAGAGGAGGAAACCAAGGCAGCCACUGUGAUCCAGAGUAAUUUCAGAGGUCACAAAGAGAGGAAGAGGCUGCAAGAAGAAGGCAAAAUCCCAGCGAAGAAGCAGAAAGGAAAAAGCUCGACAGGUGAAGAAGAAGAAGCAGCCGCGGCGACCACGGAGGAAGAACUUCCCGAAGCUUCGACACCGGCAGAGGAAAUCUGCAGUGAAGACCAAGAAGUUUCUCAUAGCGACGCCAAGUCAGAGGACGCAGACGAGGCCAAAGCAGCGGUGGUGCUUCAGAGUAACUUCCGCGGCCACAAGGAGCGCAAACGUCUGGAGGAGGAAGGAAAGAUCCCGAAGAAGAAGAAGAAGAUGGAGGUUACACCAGGACCUCCAAAAGAGGAAGAGCAAGUGAUGCACACAGAAGAAUCAGCGCCAGAGUCUCAGCAGGACGCAUCUGCCGAGAACGUGGACGGACUGGACGAGGAGAAAGCUGCUACCGUCCUUCAGAGUAACUUCAGGGGCCACCGGGACCGAAAGAAGCUGAAAGCAGAGAAGGAAGCUCAGAAGAAAGCGACGGAAGAGGCCGCCAACGAUGCAGAGGGGGGAAGUAAAGAGGAGCGGGAAGAAGAAGAAGAAGAAGAGGAGGAGGUCCUGGAUGUUACUGAUGUGGAGAUUGAACAUAAAGAGGAGACUGACGCUGAGAAAGAAAGACUGGAGGAGGAACAGGCUGCAGUGAAGAUCCAGAGUAACUUCAGAGGGUACAAGGACAGGAAGAACCUGAAGGCCAACAAGGAAACGGCACAGAAUGAAGCUCAGCAACUAGAGAGCUUCUCAAAACAGAUCGCGCAGACUUCUCAGGACUUCGUCGCCUUGCAGCACAAGCUGAAUGAGAUCAUCCAGGCCCAUCAAUCAAACCCGGCGAACAACGGCAUGUUUGUGAGGGGGAAAGCAAUGAAUGGCUUCGCUUCCCAGAAUCAACAAUCAACUGACAAGAGAUUGUCGAGGACCCCCCGCAGGACCCAGCAGCCGAAGACCCUGAACACGCCAGAGGACUCCACCUAUUACACCCUGAUUCAUCGCUCCGUCCAGGACGACAAACGCAAGCCCAGGAAAGAGGGUCCAGGGAAGCUGCUGGACGUAGACGACCAGUACUACGGGGGCCUGUCCACCAGCAUGUCCGAACCCUCCAUGCCCACAGAGGAGCCGUCACGACAGAGGAGCAUGCCCGAGAGGAGGGGCUCUUUGGAGAGGAGGCGGUCCUCGGACAGGAGGCGGUCUUCAGACAGGAGGCGGUCCAUGGGCAGGAGAAGGUCCAUGGAUCGGAGGCAGUCUGGCGACCAGAGACCAGCUGCUGCCGGUAGACAGACCAGAGAGAGGGCCGUCACGGAUCCAGAGCGUCCCAAACCCCCCGCCGACGACAGUGUCGACAUGCGCUCCGUUCCCAGAAUGCCCUCCACCGAUAGACGGGCUGAGGAGAACCCGUACGACUUCAGACACCUGCUGAGGAAGACCUCGCAGAGACGAAGGCUCAUCAAACAGUACUGAACACUGGACUGAACUUCACCUUUUUUUCAAGCAUCACACACACACACACACACACACACACGCCAUGUUGACAGUGGAUCAUCAAAUAUCGUUGAUUCAUGAUUCGUCACAGCUUCUUUUUAAAACCUUGUGAAACUGUUUAGUUAGGGGGAAAUAAAAGGCACCGACUGCACUGAUUUAAUGCAGCAUAGACAGGAUGACGGCACGUGUAAAUAAUAAAAUGCUCCGCCCCUUUAAACUUGCUGUAAAUUAAAGUUUUAUUUAUGUAAUUUGUAAACUAGACGUUGCUAUUUUUUGCUUAUUUCACUGUAUCAACUUCCUUUCCUUUUUGGCUAUUGUGUGUGUGAGGUUGAACAUAUCCAUUUUAAACACCAGAUGUGAUUUUAUAAUGAAUAUAGAUCAUGUAAAUAUGCAGGUCCUGCGCUCACACUUGACCACUUUGCGUUUUCAGUCCGUUCUGAUGAGCGCAUCUUUGGGAAAUCGGCCUCAGUGUUGUCAUGUUGUAAGAAAUUGUACAUUGUUUUCUCUGCUGUGAUCACCUGGUUUUGUUCAUUUCAAAAUAAAACAUCAUCAAAUUCCCUCUGA